AUGGUCGGGUGGAAAAUUCGAGCAAAUGUGAAUGUAGUGGAAGUGACGUUUGAAAUGGAGGAGGAGAUCGUGUGGCAAUAUUUUAAGACAAACGGGUAUGGAGUUACAGCCUUGCAAAAGUUGCCAAUGUCGUUCAAAGGUAGAGAAGACGUGGAGAAAGUCCUACCGUCCAUUGAGAUUGACACAUUUGCGACCAGAAAGAAACGUCACUUGUCACUAUCGGAACUUUAUUACGUCGUGGCAAUUGACGGCAUUUUACAAGUGAAGGAACCACUGCGACAAUUGUGGGAACGACUCCAAAGCUCCAGUGCGACGUUUACGACGAUUUUUGUCAUUUACCAGCACUUUCGUCGUCUUGGCUGGAUUCCGAGACCCGGUCUUAAUUAUGGAGCUCACUACGUCUUGUAUCGUGGAUCCGCGGCAGAAUUUCACUCGGAAUACGUCGUUUACGUGCAGGACGAUGGUGAAACUUUGUCAUGGAACCAAAUUCAGUCGCUGACGAGGAUUGCAGCUGAUGUCAAAAAGACGGUGCUAUUGUGCACUGUGGCUAUCAAAGAACCAACUGCAGAUGUAUCGAUUGAUAAUGAUGUGAGAAGUAACGGGAACUUACCGGCUACUGGCAACAAUGACCUUACCUUCGGUACCUACAGCUUCCACGGCAUCCAGUACACGGCUAGAGCCAUUGCCAUUCGUUUUUGGGACGCGACGAUUGCGAAUCAGCUAAGGUCACACACGUUCCUGCCCCAGCCAGUACUACCGAAGAAAAUCGAGUCUACAAAGAAGAAGAGGGCCAACGGCCAAAGUGCCGCUUCAAAGGCGAGGUUCACAGAGGUUUAA